UUUAAUCAUAUGACAGUCAGCCACUAGUUUUCUUACAAAAUGGGUGUUACGAUGGCUCUCUUCUGGCUUACCCUUGUAAUAUCAAUAAUUGGUUCAAAUGCUGGAGGUGAAUUCAGUGUUCUGCACACUCCGCAAUCCUUGAAAUUCGCAGGAUCAAGCAAAACACUUGAAAGCCUUCUGAAGGAAAUAUUCUCUGCUUCUCUGGGACUAUCCGUAGAAGAGAACUCAGAAUGGAAUGGAUUAUCAAUAACUGAUCCUUUCAACACUCCUGAAGCAGUUGUUGAGGUUUACAUUGAUGGUGUAUCUUCACUGGGUGAAAAUGCUGGAUUAAAGGCUAAAAACUUCCCCCUUGUUGUGGAUGAGUAUGAACCAGACACUUAUGAUGCUAUCAAACACAGGAUCAACCAGAGAUUUACAAAUGGUGGCAACAAACUCAUUAACAUCAGACUGUCUGAGCCAGAUGAUUUGUUAUCAGCUUCUAAUGCAUUCGGAGAAAUUGUACCUCCAAAAGUAUCUAAACAAACAUUGCAACACUUGAAAUAUGAUGGAGUUGAGGAAGAUUACCAAUUCCUUUAUGAACUCGCAGUUUUGAAAGCCUUGACUGCUAAGAUUAGAUCUGGAGUAAUAUCUGCAGAUAACGUUGUAGAUUUCUACAAUUUAAGAUUCCGUUCUCUGCAUGCCUUGUCUGAUUACCACGGCCCUAAUUCUCUGCAAACUAAAGAAGCUAAAAAGCUAUUGGGUAAUGCUUUGCAAGAGUUAAGUGAUGCAUUUGUAAAGGCAUAUGAUGGUUCAGUACUUGUGACUGCUGUUACAACUGACGUUGCUCACACCCGCAGAGCCGUGAGAGCCGCACCUGAGUUCAGAGCAGAGGCUCCGGAACAUGAUAACUACACCGCUGAUUAUGCUGCAAUUUUCAACAUUAUCUUGUGGUUUGGAGUUGUGUUCACAUUCACACUAGUGGCUAUUGUCUACGCUAUUAUGGACAUGGAUCCUGGCAGAGAUUCCAUUAUUUACCGUAUGACCAACACAAGAAUGAAGAAAGAUAAUUAAAUAACUAAUCUUUCUUCAGUGAAAACUUUUGUUUUCACUCAGUAGUAUUAAUUUGUAAAAUUGUUUCAAACAUUCGAAUGCGCAAAGCGUCAUAUAUCGAUGCAUAUUCUUUGGAGACCUACACCCAUUAAUGUUUAUAAACGAGAUAAAAUUAGGUAAUACCUCGUUAACUUAUUGUAUUAAUAAGUGUAAAAUAGUGUUAUGUGAGUUGUAAUUUUAUGUUCAUGAAAUAAAGAUUCGUUAAACA